UUUUUCUGUGCUAGCAGACAAAUGGGUCAGAUGGCUGGGAAGAGAGGGGCAGGGAUGUUUGAGUUGGACACUGGAAUCAAAGGUUGUUCCCUGGCCGGGGGGCACACUGGCCAACAGGCUUUUCCUGACCGGUCAGGCUCAGCCAUCUGAGACACGGACAGAAUCAGAACUGAGAGGGAGGAAGGUCCACGUGCUGAAGACAGUUCAACUACUCUAAUCUCUGCAGGGGGUGUCCAACUGUGCAGUGCACCCUUGUGGAUGACGACGUCUUUACAAGGCACUGCAGGCCUCUUUCACCAGGCCUUCAGCUCUGGAUUCUGGUGAGCCAAUAGGGUCCUGAGCUUCUGCAAGGGGGAGGGGGCAGAGAUCGAGGUUAUGGCAUGAUCCCAGCCAAAGGUCUCUGAGGAAAACACUAUAAAAACCGAGUUCCAGAGGACAGGGAAAUGACUUUGGUGGACCUGGGAUGGUUAUUUUCAAACUCUGUCUUGUGAUGGGACUCAGAGAACAUAGCCUGGCCUGGAGUCUCCAUUCCCUUCUCCGCUGGUGAUCUAUGUCUGUUUCUCCGGCAAGUGAACUCUUUUUCCACUGCUUGGGUUCUGCAAUAAUCCUAACAGAAAGACCUGCUGCCCUGACUGCCCCUGCCUAAGUCUUGAGCUUCGAUAAAGCUGACCGGUGUCCUCGAAAACGCUCGUAGCUCCGCCUUGCAUUGGGAUGGCUCAGGAGCCCUAAAUCCAGGUUACUGGAGGGCGAGCUUUAGCUCCUCCCACUGGCGGGGGCGUGUCCCAGAGGCCCCGCCCCAGAUCCCGCCCGUUUCACCUGACUCUCGGGGCGCUGCGGCGUUAGAUCCCCCGCACCGAGCGGCUGCUGCGGUCCACGCUUCUUACUCAGUUCCGACUUGAUCCCACCGCUGUCAUGCCUCGGGGAAGCCGCAGUGCUGCUGCCAGGCCGGCCAGCCGCCCAGCACCCCCUCCUGCGCACCCACCACCCUCGGCGGCCGCCCCCGCACCUGCCGCUUCGGGCCAGCCGGGUCUUAUGGCUCAGAUGGCAUCCACCGCCGCAGGCGUAGCCGUGGGCUCAGCUGUAGGACAUGUCAUGGGGAGCGCCCUGACCAGUGCCUUCAGUGGGGGCAGCUCAGAACCUGCCCAGCCUGCGGUCCAGCAGGCCCCUGCCCGCCCUGCCUCUCACCCCCUGCAGAUGGGGCCCUGCUCCUAUGAGAUCAAGCAGUUCCUGGACUGCUCCACCACUCAGAGCGACCUAACCCUGUGUGAGGGCUUCAGCGAGGCCCUCAAACAGUGCAAAUACAAUCACGGUCUGAGCUCCCUGCCCUGAAGAGUCUGUGGGCUUGCUCGUAGCCUAACCCCUCACCGACAGCUUGAUGGAGAAGACAUGGUCCUUGGGACUGGGAGUAAGGAAGGACAGUUCUCACCCCACAGACUAACAGGAGACAUAAAUGUUCAAUUAAAGAGUUUACUUUAGACCACA